AUGGAAUCAUACAUAUCCAUAUUUAACACGUUGUUCGCAACAAACUUUUCAAUAAAACCAAAGGCAUACCCAGAAGUGGUAAGGAUACCACAUCCAGUACGUAUCCCCUCAUUCGACCCAUUUUACCCCAGCUUACAACAAGUACUUACUUUUAUCUACACUCUAGGUUCAAACUACCAAGCUGCUCGAAGCGUCCGAAAACAACUUGAUUGAAAAUGAAUAUAUUCUUUCAACUGAAUAUAUGCGGGAAAAGGCGUAUCACAGUUCAUCCAUAAGCAAUAAGUUUGCGCGGGUUCUUCUCUGGGUAGUUACUCCUUCUAGGCUCGCUAGUCACCUAAUCCAACAGCAGCAGCAAUCUUGAGUUCGUACUAAUAAAGGUUCUAGUGUUUUGUGGUAGUCUUAAUAGCUCCUAUUCUCAUCGUACUCGUCCAAUUCUGCUCCUCCGACUACCUCUGGGCCUCGGUCACUUUUGUUAUCUUCGUCAUAGUAACACUCAUUUCAUACUUCCAUCAAGGCGAAAAUCUCAAGGCAGUUGGAGAAACCUAUACUACAGCAUGGGAAGAAAAAACCAGAAAUAUUGCGAAAAGCAUACAGGAUCGUAUUUAUGCCAAGGAUCAAAAGACGUAUGCACAUCUCUUCGUCCUCGAGCUCUUGCCUAGCUCUCAAUCUGAAAGUAUGACACUAAUAUUUGGAUAUAGUAAGUUUCGCGCCUCUCAUCUUGCCCAAAUUUAUCGCUUGCGGUCGAUUCCUGGAAAUCAACAUCCUAAGAGUAUUAGCAAUAUGCGUCAUGAGAUGAGUGAGAAAUAUACGGCGGCGAUGAAAGAUAUGACUUCUGAAACUAGGGUUAUGCUUAGUAUUUAUGUAUUUUAUACCAUUUCAAAUUUUAACAUCCUUCCAUUCUCCUAUAUUCCCUCUGCUCCCUUUCCUCCCCAUUUAUACCUCUCCGUUUGAAGAACUUUCAACUAACCAUUAGUUACAACUCCUAGCUCAUAAUCUCCGGAGCUAUAUCAACAGUAUUACUCUGGGCUGCACACCACUACUACCACCGUCCAUCUUCUUUCUACGAAGCGACGAAUUAUUUGGUAUUAGUUUGUAAAGUUGUUGUUGUGAUGAUCAUGUACAUGUCAGUUUUGCGUCAGACGAGAUUCUGGAUUGAAGAGUUGGAACGGGAGAGGAGGGAAAUUAUGAGGGGGUGGGAUAUUGUUGAUUGA